GCCUGAUGGGCCGCCCUCAGACUUUCUCCUUUCUUCUCCCCAACGAGCGCGCGCAACCGUACCGCGGGAGGCUUGGAUACCCCUCGAAGAUCGGAUUUGUUAUUGUCGUUUAUAGCCUCAUUGAGUCGCUUUAUACACUUUCGGCCACGAGUUUUCAAAGUACAUUCCAUCACAGACCGGAGACCGUUACAUCACGCGAGCCAACGACCCUCAAAAUACCGACUGCCUUGCCGACACGACCGCCCUCACCGUCUUUCCCAUCGCCGCUAUGCACCGCUACCUAUAGGCCCCAGCGCUUUCUAAUUACGACGAAAUAAAAGUCGCCACUGCCUAGGCACUGGGCCGGUCGCGAGCUCAGCUUGAAGCAAAGGGCGGCACGGCACGGCACCGCCAGGAUGGCUCCCUACAACGCCGCCCAGUCGCAGACGCGAGACUCGCUGGAGCUCGCUUCGCUGGCAAGCUCGAGCAACAGCAAUGGGGCCGCCACCUCAGAAGUGUCCUCGCGGCCGAGCAUAUCGUCAUCCCGGAGGCUCUCGCUGGUGGAGGAGGAGGAUCCGUUGGACGACGAUAAUCCCGCGGCGCGCAUGGGCAUGCGCGGGCGAUCAUACUCCGUGUCAUCAGCGUUUGAUUUUGCAGGGAAUCUCUUUCCCCUGAGCUCGACUACGGGCACCGGUGGCUAUGCCCCCAUAGGCGCACCGACGAGCGCGGCGCGGCCUGGGGGCGGUCUGGGUGGAGGAUCGCUGGAGAAGUACAAGACGUUGACAUACCUCAACGGGCUGUCGCUGAUCAUUGGGUUGAUCAUUGGGUCUGGGAUCUUCUCUUCGCCAAGCCAGGUCAGCUCCAAGGUCGGAUCGCCUGGUGCGGCUCUCAUCGUCUGGAUCGUCGCCGGCAUCCUGGCGUGGACGGGCGCCGCCUCAUACGCUGAGCUCGGAGGCGCCAUUCCUCUCAACGGCGGCGCGCAAGUAUACUUGGCAAAGACGUUUGGCGAGAUGGUCGGCUUUUUAUUCACCUGGGUGGCAGUCUUGGUGCUCAAGCCCGGCAGCGGCGCCAUCAUCGCCAUCAUCAUGGGCGAGUACUUUGUCCGCGCCAUCAUCGGCGCGGAGGCGGAGACGAUCAACCCCUGGGUCAACAAGUCGGUUGCGCUGGUUGGCCUCGCGGUAGUGACGUUUCUCAACUGCGUUUCGACGCGAGUGGGCACGCGGGUCAACGACUUGCUCAUGGUCCUAAAGUUUGUGGCAUUGCUGGGCGUUACCAUAACCGGCAUCGUGGUGGCGAUCACGGGAUACUCGUUUAAAGAUGGUGACCAGAAGGGCAUGUCAUGGAAGGCUGAGGACUGGUUCAACGACACUUCAUCCGACUUGUCGAACUGGGCCGUCGCCCUGUACGGCGGACUGUGGGCGUUUGAUGGCUGGGACAACACCAACUACGUGGUUGGCGAGUUCCGCAACCCAAGUCGCGACCUGCCGAGGGUGAUUCAUACGGCGAUGCCCAUGGUCAUACUAUCCUAUGUCCUCGCCAACAUCGCCUACUUCCUCGUCCUCCCCCUUGACCUCAUCAACAAAUCCAACACCGUGGCCGUCAUGUUCGGCUCCAAAGUGUUUGGAAAAGUCGGCGCCUUGAUCAUGGCUCUGCUCGUCAGCUCGAGCUGCUUCGGCGCCCUCAACUCGUCCACCUUUACUUCGGGCCGGCUUGUUUACGUUGCCGGAAAAGAAGGCUACCUCCCUAGCAUAUUUGGCCGCAUCGGCGCGCACAACGACGACGAUCACGGCAUGUCGACGCAGCGCACGCGCGGUUGGGUGACCAAGAAAGUCCGCGGGUGCUUCGGCGACGACGAUGUCGGCUUGUUUUACACGCCGAUAUACGCGCUAAUCCUUAAUGGCGCCCUCACCGCUGGCUACUGCGUUGUCGGCGAGUUCUCCACGCUCGUGACUUUUUACGGCGUCGCGGGCUACACAUUCUACUUCAUCACGGUGCUGGGCCUCAUCAUCCUGCGGGUUAAGGAGCCGCAGCUGGAGCGGCCGUACAAGACGUGGAUCACGACGCCCAUCAUCUUUUGCUGCGUCAGCGUGUUUCUGUUCAGCAGGGCGGUCUUUGCGCAGCCGGUGCAGACGCUCGCGGUGGUGGCGUUUGUGGUUGCGGGCAUUCCCGUGUACUUUUGGAGGAUACGGGGACGGGACCAGGUGAGGAGGAAGGAGGGAGACGGAGGGGAGAGGACGUGGUGGAAGUUUUGGAGAUGAGCUCGCUCGGCGGACUGGGUUGGGGUGUAUAAACUGUGUCUCUUGUUUCCAAGUUUCAAGGGCGGUCUGGUUGGUGUAUUUGGAUCUGGGGUUUGCAUGGCGAGGCUUGGGGGGGAACGCAUCUGAUUAUGGGUACAGUAACGAAAUACCCGGGUGACCGGAGUUGGCGCACGUAUGUAGCAGACAUAACAACGCUGCGAGUUGCCUGUCGGACAGGCUCGCCUUCAUAUA